UAAAUAUGAACGAGAUUUUAACGAUCAUGAAACCAGAAAAACACAGCAGGUAGCAGCUUCAAGAUAUCAUCUGAAGAUGGCCGAGCAUGGAGGGGUUCGGAUUCCGCGAGUGAAACUCGGAACUCAGGGUCUUGAGGUUUCGAAGUUGGGUUUUGGCUGCAUGGGACUCUCGGGUGUAUACACUGAUCCUGUCCCGGAGGAAGUCGGCAUAUCGAUCAUCAACGACGCGUUCGCCAAGGGGAUAACAUUCUUCGACACGUCGGACAUGUAUGGGCACAAAACCAAUGAGAUUCUUGUUGGAAAGGCAUUGAAGAAGUUGCCGCGGGAGGAGGUGCAGCUAGCCACCAAAUUCGGUGUGGUGAAACGCGGAGCGGACGAUGUACUAGUGACAAAUGGGACGCCUGAUUACGUCCGUUCGUGUUGCGAGUCGAGCCUCCAGCGCCUUGGGGUUGAAUACAUUGAUCUCUAUUACGUGCAACGGAUUGACACAUCGGUCCCCAUAGAGGAAACUAUGGGGGAGCUGAAGAAGUUGGUGGAAGAGGGAAAAGUCAAGUACAUCGGCUUGUCGGAGGCCAGCCUCGACACCAUACGGAGGGCGCACGCGGUUCAUCCCAUCACGGCCUUACAGAUGGAGUGGUCGCUCUGGACUCGUGAAAUCGAGCAAGAAAUCGUCCCACUCUGCAGGGAGCUCGGAAUUGGCAUCGUUCCAUAUAGCCCUCUCGGUCGUGGGUUCUUCGGUGGCAGGGGAGUCACAGAAACUCUGCCUGCAAAUAGUCCCCUGGGAAAGGUUCUUCCUAGGUUUCAAGCAGGGAAUUUGGACAAAAACAAGGUUCUUUAUGCUCGAAUGGAGAACUUAGCGAAAAAGCACGACUGCACCCCUGUACAGCUUGCACUCUCGUGGGUUCUCCAUCAAGGAGACGAUGUUGUGCCGAUCCCUGGAACGACGAAAGUCAAGAAUCUCGAUAAAAACAUUGGUUCCUUGAGAGUGAAGCUUACGGAGGACGACGUGAAAGAGAUCUCAGAUGCUAUCCCGAUUGAAGACGUUGCCGGCGAAAGGAGCAAUGAGAACUACGUCCGCAACUCGUGGAAGUACGCGAACACGCCCCCGAGAGAUGGGAAACUGCCGGCUUAUCAGGAUUCUAUUUGAUUGCGUUGAUGAAGCAUUGUUUGGCUCUCUGCUCUCUUUUGCUCCUUGUAACUGCACCCAGAAAAUAAAAUUCAAUAAUAGCUUAUGUGAGAACAAAACCAAAACAGGGAAUUCUAAGUUAUUGGCUUCUUUUGUGCUCAUGAAGCAUUUCUUUGCUGGUUUUCCUUCUUUUCUGAUACAAUAAGAUGCCAGAAAUCAAAAUGUCAACGGCAAAAUUUCAUUCUACGGAACAGACUACGAAAUUAAAACUGCCUAGACAAA